AUGGCCAAACUCAUCCAGCGCCUAUCGGUGCUCCCCUUGCCAAACUACAAGAACACAUUAAAAAACAGCACUUUGCAGCUGAACGCCAACGCCAACGACACCUUGCGAUGUCUCCUUAUCUUGCUCACAAGGCGAUUGCAACGGAUGAGCUCCUUGUCCUUCAUCAUGAUGAUGAACCCCCACAUGGCCCGCAUCUGGGAUGCGUACUUGCACAGUUACGGCGAGCUUAUCCAGUUCAUUGCCCAGUAUAAUCUCCCGGAGAACGGAACGCUGGACUUGGACUUCGAUCACCUCCUCGACUUCAGAGUCACUCGAGAGGAGGAAAACCAGAAGUUUGUCUCCGUGUUGCAAGAUAUAAUGGACAUGCACACUGACAAUGUUAUUGAUUUGCGUGACGGAAUCCACGAAACAAAGCUUAUGGGGAAGGCUGGCAGCGAUGCCAGCGACGACGAUUCCCUGUUUGCCGGGUUUUCGGAAAAGCAAUUUCUAGACGAACAUUUGGCAGAGAGGGUCUUGAUGAGGUUGAUCGCCAACAACCACAUUCUUCUCUCGCAGCAGAAAAAGGGGAAUCUUCCCGGUGACGCCGAUGUCAGUAGUGGCGUCUUGGACAAUAAUUUGAACGUUUUGGACGUUCUUUCUCGUAGUGUCGAGUUUGUCAACGACAUGUCGAGCUUGAAGUACGACGAACGGGUCGAUGUCAGAGUUGACACGAGGCUGAUCGAUGAGAACGGUGACUAUACAUGUGAGGAAAACGUCGACCUGCGAAACAUAGGUGACCACAAGAAGCUGGUCUUCCCAUACAUCGGAAACCACAUCGAGUACGUGCUUAACGAGAUCUUGAAAAACUCGACCCGGGCGUUGAUCGAGAACCGUGUGCAGAAGCCAGUCGAUAUUCUCAUCGUACUAGAUCGGUCCAAGCCAGACUCAGCGCCGACUUUACAGAUCAAAAUCAGCGACCACGGCGGGGGAAUCGGGCCGGACACUCUCAGCAAGCUCUGGGAAUAUUCCUUCACCACCGUAAGCAACGGAAAGUCCUCCAGUAAGGGGGCACGCAACAACGACAAUCAGAAUGCACUUUUGUCGACGCAGUCGGGCAAGGACAUCGAGUUGGGUGCUGCCCACGACUUGGGGUUCGGCAAAAGCGAUGGCGAGGAGAGCGGCGCCGAUAGCGUUGUCAGCGACAACCUCAUUGCCGGGAUGGGUUACGGCUUGCCGUUGAGCUUGACGUACUGCCAGUUAUUUGGCGGUGACAUACGGCUACACAGUGUCUGGGGCAAGGGCACAGACGUCUACGUCGUUCUCAAAGGGCUUUGA